AUGUUUCUUCGACGGUUCGCCUCAACCUCUUGCUUGCCGCCCACGAUCUACGACCUCCUGCGGUCCAGUACACAUACGCCUUCAUCCGUACGCGUCAAUGGCUGGGUGAAGUCCAUACGCCGGCAGAAAAAUGUCUCGUUCGCAGUCAUAACUGAUGGCAGCUCUGCCCGUGGCUUGCAAGCUGUCUUCCGGAGCGGUGAAUUGGCGAAGAGGUUAACUAAUGGGGCUUGCGUCAGUCUCACAGGACAACUAUGUGAUAGCCCAGGCAAAGGACAGUCGAAGGAACUACAGGUCGAUGAAGGGGAGGUCAUAGGAGAAUGCGAUCCCGAGAUAUAUCCCAUCCAAAAGCAAGCGUUGUCCGUAGAGUACCUACGGGAUAACUGUCAUCUUCGAGCGCGUACGGACUCCAUAGCUGCCAUGCUUAGAUUACGCGACACGUCCAAGACAGCCAUCCACGACUUCUUUAAGAGGGAGGGCUUCCACUCCGUUCAUACACCCAUCUUGACUUCGAACGACUGUGAAGGCGCAGGGGAGGCCUUCCGAAUAGCUCAAGUCCCUUCCAUCCACCCGGCAUCUGCUGGGGAGCCUUCGCGGACCGAAGAGUUCUUCUCGAAGCCCUCUUAUCUGACCGUGUCCUCGCAGUUGCACCUCGAAGCUUUGGCCACCGCGAUAUCCCGUGUCUACACGCUCUCGCCUUGCUUCCGCGCCGAGCCUUCCCAGACAGCGCGGCAUUUGGCUGAGUUCUGGAUGUUGGAAGCGGAGUGGGCAUUCACCCAGUCCGUCGACGACGUGUGCCGGGUUGUGGAGGCUGCUAUGAAGGCCGUCGUGAAUACAGCUUUGGCUAGUCAAGAUAUGGAGGUCUUCGCUAAAGACUCUGAGCUGUCUCGUAUCGAAGCACUGAGGUCUGCGGCGGACGCCAGUCGAGCUUGGCCACGGAUCUCCUACGCAACUGCUGUCCAGGAACUAGCUAAAUCAGGACAAGGCUUCCAGUAUAAACCUGCUUGGGGAAAACCACUCCAAAGCGAACACGAGAAAUGGCUAGCAGAGACACUUGUCGGGGGACCCGUGUUCGUCACUGACUACCCAAUAGAGCUCAAGCCGUUCUACAUGCGGCUCAACGACGACGGAAAGACCGUGGCGUGCUUCGACCUGCUGGUUCCGCACGUCGGGGAACUGGUAGGCGGUUCGUUGCGCGAGGAACGUCUGGACCUUCUGAAGCGGGCCCUGGCGUACCACAAGCUCGAUGCUGAAGCCUACCGCUGGUAUUUGGAGUUGCGUAAAUUCGGAGGAGCGCCGCAUGGGGGCUUUGGGAUGGGCUUCGAGCGGCUUAUCAGUUGGAUCAGCGGGAUAGAAAAUGUACGGGAGUGUAUUCCUAUGCCUCGAUGGGCUGGGAGGAUGCUCCUGUAAGAGCGGUGGUGCCUGUGUAGAUACUUUUAGGCAUCAAAUACUAGACAUACUGAUUGUUA